CACUCUCUUGAUAUUCAAUUUGUGGUGGAACCAUGACGUUGUAUAUAUGAAUCUUCUUGCUGCAGUAAAACCUCUAUCGAAUCAAAAGGGGAUGAAAUCGUGCAACCUGUAUAACACAUCACCUGCUGAACCUGAAACUUCGCAUAAUCAUCCUUUUUGUGCGAAUCGGAAACUGAGAAAUUUUCCCCAUUUCUCGUAUCCCCCCGCUACACCAAGGCAAUGGAUUACACAUAUGGACACGACAAACAGUACCUUUAGCCGAUUCACCAUCGUCAAUGACAAGGAAUCUUAUUCCGUAUGCGACCAACUCGAACUCUUAAUCGAAGCACGGAACGGCUACGAUGAGCCCAAGACGUACGGUGGAGAUUUAUUUCGCAGCAAGAUCUUCACUCAAAACGGGUCCUUUAUUGCAGGCUCGGGGACAGAUGGUGAAGUCCUUGACCUUGGCAAUGGGAGUUAUAGCGCCUUCUUCACUCUAAAGUGGGCCGGGACUAUCCGUAUCAAUGUCACUUUAGUUGUCCCGAGUGAAGCUGUUUUCGAACUACAAAACCUGAAGGAAACAUUGCAGCCUCGUGAGAAUUAUCUGGGGAAAUUCAGCAAGAAGAUAGGUGGAAAAGAUGUAGCAGAAGAAGUGAGAUGUGGCCACGUGCCCGUUGACAGAUUGACGUCGAUAUGCAACCUAUCUAAUCCUUAUGUGGGAUUAACAUGGUACUGUCAGAAACCUAAUUCAAGCCUUCUCUCUUGCGCUGAUUGGACAGCGUUUAAGACACUUGAAUGGCAGUUCAACAAAAGGAUUGAAGACGAAGGUUACAGCAGGAGAUCGUCUGUAGUUCAUCGCCGUGCAGCUCCAAUCGUGGGCCAUCCCAAUCACGUGACAGUAAACGGCGAAUCUGGUGACUUUAUAAAUGAACAAGUGGAUCGUCUACCAGUGUGUGGCCAACAGCAUGACCGCCUUCAAGUUAUACCGUGGGUGGCGGGCUUCUACCGGAAUAAACUUUGGUUUCCUCCCACUUGCAAAGCGAACCACUUCACCAAAGACGAGGUACAGAAGUGUUUGGCUAACAAGAAGAUCUACUUUUAUGGCGAUUCGACCAUCAGACAAGUGUAUUCUAAAUUGGCCAAGACAUUAAUUGGGGCCAAAUACCGCGAAGCGCACUGGAUUGCUCCUGUUGGCAUAUUCGUAUCUGAAUAUGACAUUCAUUUGAAUUACAGCUUCCAUAACAUUCCUAUACGCAACUUUCAAUGGUAUAAAUUAGCUACCCUUCGAUUCAUUACAAAUGAACUGGACCGCAUCGGGUCUAAUGAGACCGUUGUCGUUGUCAUAUGUCUCUGGUCGCAUUUUCAACCUCUUUACAGGUCGUUUUACAAGCAGCGGAUCAAGUCCAUUACUGAUGCCGCCCGGAGGCUACUCAACAGAAACCCCACGGCAGUUGUCAUGUUUAAGGGUGGAAAUACCCAAAAUCCUUACGGGCCGAGGGCCCAGUACUUAAAUGAGCACUACGCGCGAGACAAUGAAGAAGCCCUGAGACGCAUCCUCAAGUCUUAUCCAAAGAUACAUUUUCUGGAUGCUUGGGAUAUGAGUAAAGGACAACUUGCCCUUGCUGAUACUCAUCCUCCGGAACCUCAUGCCUCAAACUUGAUCGAUCAAAUUCUGACAAUAGCUUGCCCUAGAUCUGUUUGA